UGAGAGUGAGUGAGUGUGUGAGCGGAUAGAAAGCAGGUCCCUUCUGUGUAUCACUCAUCUAUUUAUAGAGAGAACAAAUCCUAGAUAUGAGAGGAAUCCUUCAGCCACAAACGAGGCAGCGGCAGAGAGGAGAGGCUAAAGAGAAACACGUAGAGGUGUCAAUUCAGAGGAACCACAUUUAGGACUCAGUUCAAGUAUUAGACGGCGCCGUUCCUUCAUCAGGUCAGCGGACUCACCGAGGCCAGGAUUAUGUCCAAACCCGUGACCAACGUGAAGGCCUUGCAGGCUAAUCUGAACAUCCCGAUGGGAGCGCUGCGUCCGGGGGCGGGACUUCCUGUCAAGAGGAGAGAGGAAACAGCGGACACAGAGGAGGCUCAACCACCAGAACUACCAAUGCGUCCCCCGUCACUAGAAGAGAAGAAAUCUUUGCAGAAGCUACCGGGACCGGCUGUCAACCUAUCAGAGCUACAAAACAAAAAGAGUGAACUACGAUGGGUCACCAAGGAGUAGCAUGAAUUUGAGCCGAAGAGGAUGGACGAUAAUCUCCACAAACUCGGACUUUCCCUCUGAUGUGAAAGAGUAGAAACACUGUAGCUACAAGAUAUCAGAGGAACCCCAACAAUCUGUCUAAAAUUACCUCUAAAAACUUUUCCUAAUUCAAUAUUUCAGAUAAAAAUACACAUUUAAGCUAAUUCAUAUUUUUUUAAAAGUAGAAAUAUUCUGUUUCUGCUGUAGUUUGGGUUUGAACUCACUGAAUAAGAUGUUGGCCAUUAUUUAAGUAUUUUAGGGUUCGUUUAGUUUAUUAGUUUAAAGAAUCCUCCUUUAUCCCAAAACAAAAUGAACAUUGUAGCAGUAAACAUUUAGGCACUUUAGCUUGUUAGCGCCGCGUUAGUUGCGGACAGAAACCGAACUCCAGUAAGAGAAGCACUACGUCAGCAGAUUUUUACUCAAGUAAAAGUAAAAAAUUCAAGAAAUGACUCAAAAGUAUUUAGUAAAAACAGUUACAAGUAACUAUAUUUUAAAAUGAUUUAAUCAAAUAUAGUAAUAAAAUAAUUCAGACAAAGGAAACACUUUCAAAUGUAUGUUUAUAUUUUCAAUACAAAUUAUGAAACUAAUUUGUAUUGAAUUGGCCACCAAUUGCCCGGUAACAUCAGUAAUCGGAUAUAAUGGACGAAUGAUUCUCUGGCAUUAACGUACUCUGAUACUUCCUGCUUAUGUUCAGAACUGAAGGCAAUGUAUACAGUAUAUGUAAGAACAUUAUUUUUGGUGUUUACUGUAUUUUCUUGACCUUCAAAUAAUAUAAGGACAACAAAGCUUGUCUAUCAAGAAGAGGUCUCACUUCAACAUAAACUGUAGAAGUGCCCAUUUUUGGCUAAAACAUGUUUAUUCUUCAUUCAGUGAAGUUAUUUGCAGUGAAUAGAGUUUACUAUAAUAUUAUUAAUAUAAACUCCUAAACGUCAACUGGCCUGUGAUUAAAUAUUUCUACUGUAUCAACUGAAGGGUUGGUUGCUUGGGGAUUGGAAGUUAAUAUUAUUUGUAUUUUUGUUGAUGUUUUUGUGUUUUCCAGAAAAUUAAUAUUAUCACAGUAAAACCUAUGAAAACCCCCCCCAACAGACCCAUUUUGUCAUUUCCUGUUAAACUAAAAGACAAAACAAUCAUAUGUUGGUUGACUUUUCCAUACCAAAACAUCUGUUACCGAGUGGAAGUCAAAUAAAUGUAGCAAAAUUUCAUUUUGUACACUGGUGUAGAUUAUCAGUGGUUGAAUAGAAACAGGACUGUAGUCAACAAUCACACCAAUUGGCCGGUAACAUCAGUAAUCGGGUAUAAUGGACGAAUGAUUCUCUGGCAUUAACUUACUCUGAAACUUCCUGUUCAUGUUCAGAACUGAAGAAACCUUCUGUAUGAGUAGUCAAAAGUCCAGUUGCCCUUUAUUUGAGGAUUUGUCUUUAUUGUCUGUUUUAUUUUUAUUUUCGAGUGUUACCAUAUUUUUGAAAUUUUGGGGUUGUCAAUGACAACCGUGGGAUGGGUUGUAAUAAAAUAAAAUGAUGACAA